AUGGCGUCUUCGUCUUCUUCUACGCCGCUGCUCUACGCAUGCAUAGCCCACAACACCACCGUCCUCACCGAACACACCGCCUCGGCCUCCUCAAACGCCUCCUCGCUCGUCUCCCUCGUCCUCCCACGCAUCGCCCACGACAAAUCCGCCCACAAGACUAUCGAUCAAUCUAAGUUUUUCAUCCACUGCCUCGUAAAAUCGCCUUCAGACUUCCCCAACAACCAAUCGACAGCUGGUGGCCUGACUUUCCUUGUCAUUGCUGAGCGCGACCUCGGCCAGCGCAUACCCUUUGGCUUCCUAACAAACCUUGAGAAGAAGUUCUUUGCUGAAUUUGAGCCCGGAAGCACGAAUUUCCACGACUUGCCGCCGUACGGAUGCGCGAGUUUCAAUGGCGCGUUGAAGAGGAUGAUGGUGGAGCAGGGUGGUACGCAGGCCGGUCAGCAAGAUGCGCUCAGAACUGCUCAGCGCGAGAUUGAAGGCGUCAGAGAAAUCAUGACGGAGAAUAUUGAACGCGUGCUGGAGAGGGGCGAGCACAUGAGUGUAUUGGUCGACAAGACCGGCAGGUUGGGCGAGAACGCGCGCGACUUCAGGGUCCGGUCGAGGACACUCAAGAGGCGGAUGUGGUGGAAGAACGUCAAGCUGAUGGUGCUGCUGACGCUCGUCGUCAUUUUUUUGAUCUAUCUCUUUGUUGGCUUCGGCUGUGGUCUUCCUGGUUGGGGACGAUGCCUCGGUCACUAG